AAUUGUGGCUAUUGGAUGGAAAAUUUAUUUCAUCAUUUUGGGGCGAACGAUCCAUGUGCAAGACUUAUCGUUAAUUUUCUAUUAGAAAUUUUUGCUAGUUUUUGUUUCCUUAUUAACAAAAUCAUAUUAUAGGCGAAAAAUCGGUUGCAAGUGAUAAUAGCCGUUCGGAAAACUAACAAUCAUUUGCAGUUAUAGAAAUAAUGCCGCAAAACGGGUAAAGUAACAGGAUAAAAAUGUGACAUAACCUUCACGAACCUCAUCAAACAAAAACAUAACCUAUAUUUUUCUGCUUUAUAUUUAUAAAUUCUGAAAAUUGUUUAAAAUGGCUUGCUAUAUUAAUGAAAAUGUGUAUACGCAUACAUUCACCCCCCGAGAAUAUCAAGUUGAAUUGUUGGAUUCUGCAAAAAAACGAAAUACGAUAGUCUGUUCCAGCACAAGUUCUUCAAAAGCAUUUAUUGUUGUGAAAUUAUUACAAGAGCUUUCCUACCAGAUGCGCGGCAGUCAAAGAAAGAAAGCUCUGUUAAUUUUAGACCCACAAAAUGUUCAUGUUAUGGUAUCCCAUGUAAAAUUUUUGACUGAUUUAAGUGUAGUUAAUAUUGACAGUCAGACGCUUGAAGACAUUAAUAGAUAUUUCGAAGAAAAUCAAGUAAUUGUUACAACAGCUGAAAUAUGUAUAAGCAGCAAUAUUUUAUUAGACUUAAAAUGUUACAACCUGCUUGUUAUUGAUGAUUGCUUAUAUGGGAAAAAACAAAUUAUGAUUAAACAAAUAAUGAGCAAAUAUAAUGAUUUAAUCCCUAAAGAGCAACCUAGAAUUUUGGGAUUGACAACGGGACUUCUUGGCUCAGAGUUACAACCUGAGAGAUUAGAAGCAGAAUUUCAAAGAUUAGAAAAACUUCUUAAUGCCACUGUAGACACUUCAAGUGAAAUAGUGACACUAGUUCGUUUAUCUUGCCAUCCACGUGAAUCAAUAAUUCAGUGCACAACAUUGAAUUACUUUGAAGUUCAGGAGGCAUUAAUAAAAAUUGUUCAAGAUUGUGAAGAAUUUAUUAAAGAACAUAGGUAUGACCCUAGUGAAAUUUAUGAAGAUGAGUUCUUAGAGGAAUAUAAGGAUAUUCCUGAUCCAAAAAUAACUCCUUUGGAACUAUUGCAUGAUUACCUCUCUAUUUUGGAAGAUUUAGGUCCAUGGGGUGCUGAUAGGGCAGCAAUGAACUUGCUUUCUAAAAUAGAAAAAUUAAAGGUGAAAACACCUUAUGAGAGACAUUAUCUUUUACUCUGCACUGUAUCCACGACUUUAGUCCGCACUAGGGCUGUAUGUGACUAUGAGUUUGAAAAAUGUGAUAGUGAAAUAGAGAAAAUUAAACAGUUCUCUACCUUGAAAGUCAUGAAACUGAUAGAUGUUUUAAGACAAUUUAAACCUGCUGGGGAAAAGCCUAGGACGAAUGAGGAAGAUAAGUCAUCUGACGGUCAUAACUCCAGUUUUAAGAAGACAAAAGGCAAGCCUAGGAGAUUUCAACAUCGACCACAGUUUGAUGAUAUGCUGUGUGCUCUUAUUUUUGUUGAAAAUCGGUACAAAGCUAAAGCAUUAUUUGGGCUACUAUGUACUCUUUCACAAUUUGAUGACGAUUUCUGGUGGGUAUCUGCCUUAUUUUCGGUUGAAAAAGUGGCUGAUAUAAUGAAAGAGCCCCACGAAGCGGAGCGUGAGCAUAAAAUACAGGAAGAAGUAUUGAGAAAGUUUCGUUGUCAUGAAUGCAACAUUUUAAUUUCGACGUCCGUGCUUGAACAAGGCUGUGAUUUACCAAAGUGCAAUCUUGUUAUAAGAUUUGACUUACCCACAACAUUCCACAGUUACAUCCAGUGUAAAGCUAGAGCUAGAGCACCUGAAGCCCAUUAUAUAUUAUUUGCCAAAGACGACGAAAUAGAAAAAUUUGUCACUAGUUUAGCUGAAUAUAACGAAGUGGAAAAUACGCUUCUGAAACGCUGCUCCAGUCUUGAACCUGAUAAAUCUGAAGAACAACUAGCAGAUAGUUUUUCAAAGUGUUGUAAGCCUUAUCAACCAUUAAAAGAGGAAGGGUCGCCUAGUGUAACUUUGUUUAAUUCUAUUCCACUCGUUAAUAAAUAUUGCGCAAAGCUUCCUAGCGAUACAUUUACCCGUUUAACGCCAAUUUGGUAUGAGGAAAAAAUAGGUGAUAGUUAUGUAUGCCAUAUAAGACUUCCAAUCAAUUCUCCUGUAAAACAAGUUGUAACCAGUCCUCCAAUGCCAAACUCUUUAUUGUCUCGAAGAGCUGCAGCGUUUAUGGUGUGCCAAUAUUUGCACAAAGCUGGUGAAUUGGAUAAUCAAUUGCAACCGAUUAAUAAAGAAAAUUUUGUACCAGCUGAGGAAGAUUGGAACAACAUCACUCUUGAUGAAGAGUUUGAUGAAACUUCCGAAGUUAGACCAGGUACAACAAAGAGAAGACAAUAUUAUUAUAAAAAAGUGGCGGAUGCAUUAGUGCAUUGCCAUCCGAUCAUUGGUCAGCCCACAUAUUUUUACCAAAUCGUUAUGACGUUGACGUGUCCUCUUCCUGAGGAGCAAAACACCAGGGGUAGAAAAAUUUACCCGCCUGAGGAGUCUCCUCAAGGUUUUGGCAUUUUAACCAACAGGGAAAUACCAAAGAUAAGUGCCUUUCCAAUAUUUACAAGGUCUGGUGAAGUUGAAGUUGAGCUUCAGCUUUGUUCAAAACAGGUCAUCGUUGACGAAAAACAGACUCACAAAAUUCAAGAAUUUGUUAACUACACGUUUACUACCGUACUGAGGUUGCAAAAAUAUCUGAUGCUAUUUAAACCUGAACUGUCUGACAAAAAUUACCUAAUAGUCCCUACUAUUAAAACCGACAAAGGAAUUAACAUUGACUGGGACUUUAUUGAUCUUAUCUAUGAUAAUCUACACUUUGUCCCGAAAAUGAUACCCGACGAAGAUAGAAAAGAUUACAAAUUUAAUAUUGACGAUUAUAAAGAUGCAGUAGUUAUGCCCUGGUAUCGCAAUCAAGACCAACCACAAUAUUUUUACGUAGCUGAAAUUUGCUCAUUUUUAAAUCCAACAUCAGCUUUUCCCGGCUCUGAAUACAAAUCGUUUGAACAAUACUAUUUAUUGAAAUAUGAUAUUCAGAUACAGAAUCUGGAACAAUAUUUGCUGGAUGUAGAUCACACUUCAGCCCGCCUUAAUUUUCUUACGCCCAGAUAUGUAAACCGAAAGGGCGUUGCGUUGCCUACGAGCAGCGAGGAAACUAAAAGGGCUAAGCGUGAAAAUUUGGAACAAAAACAAAUUCUUGUACCAGAACUGUGUUCCAUUCAUCCAUUUUCAGCCUCUUUGUGGAGGAAAGCUGUAGCGUUACCUUGCGUUCUCUACAGAAUUAACGCUCUUUUGCUAGCUGAUCAAAUUAGAACAAUUGUUGCGUCACACUUAAAUUUGGGCAAGACAAAAUUGGAUGACGACUUUAAGUGGACUCCAUUAAAUUUUGGAUGGAGCUUAUCUGAUGUUUUGAAAAAGUCAAGGGAAGACGAAAUGAAGAAACAAGAAGAGAAGUUAAAAUUGUUGACGGAAAUGGCUGAAGAGAAACUGGACGAGCUAAAAAUAAUCAAUUUGAACGUUGAUUAUGAAGACCCUGUAAAAUCUGAUUCAAAUAGUUUGGAGGAAGAGGAUGAAGAGGAAAGUUCGGCAAAUGCCAAAUGGGUGGUUGGAACGUGGUCUAAUGAUAUGGCUCAAUCUAGUCAAGCAGAUUUAGGCGGUCUGGUAAGGUAUGUCUCCCCAACCAGCUGGUUACAAGGAAACGCUUACGACGAUGACUUUUCUGAUGAUAUGUCGGAUAAUUCCGAUAUGGAAUCGGAAGAAUCCAGUCACGAAUGGGGCAGAUUGCGUAUUGAAUUUACCGGGGAUCAUCAAGCUGAAGCAUUAGAUGAUGACGAGUCCAACGAGGAUGAGCUGUUUUUUGUUGAAGAUAUGAAUGCUUGGCAAGUCGACGAUAACAGUCAAGAAACUGAUAGACUGAGAAAAGAAUUUACAGCAGCGUGUCUCAGAAAUAAGGAAUACAUUUGGUCGAGCGGGAUUUUAAUUAAAAACUGCGAGGAAUUCGAAAAAAAAUCGCAAAAUAAUUUGACGAAGGAUAUUCUGCCCAUAUGUCCCGAGAAUUUCGAUUUCGACUCAUUGAUGAUUGGCUCUAUCAACGCGGAUCAGCUGCCGUCUAGUCCUCGAGAACCUUUUGUUAAUACUUAUCUUAUAUCAGAGGAGCAACACAAUUUUACUUUUGACGAACAGCCUAAUUUAGACACGCACCCUGGUCCAAGUCCAAAUGUUCUUUUGCAAGCGUUGACAAUGUCGAACGCAAAUGACGGAAUUAACUUGGAAAGGCAAGAGACUGUGGGGGAUUCCUUUCUCAAGUACGCGAUAACGACCUAUCUUUACAAAACUUAUGAAAAUAUUCACGAGGGCAAGUUAAGCCAUUUACGAUCGAAACACGUCAGCAAUUUAAAUCUAUACAAGUUGGGUAAGCUGAAAAAUUUAGCCGAAUACAUGGUGGCGACAAAAUUCGACCCGCACGACAACUGGCUUCCUCCUUGUUUUUACGUUCCAAAACAGCUGGAAGAUGCUCUCAUCGAUGCGCAAUUCCCUGCGAAUUGUUGGACCGUGGCUGACAUGGCGGCCACUAGAAAUAUGACGAUAGAUGAAAUAUGUACGUUGGUGAGAGAAAGGGGAAUUUACUCUCUUCCAAAUAUUAUCCCUUACAACCUGGUGACUCAACAUAGCAUUCCUGAUAAAAGUAUAGCAGAUUGUGUGGAAGCUCUGAUUGGUGCCUAUUUGAUUGAGUGUGGGUCUAGAGGAGCGUUGUUGUUCAUGGCUUGGCUUGGCAUCAAAGUUUUACCUAAAGAUCAAGAUGGUAACUAUGGACACUUGGAUCUUCCAAAAUCUCCAUUAUUAAGGAAUAUACCAAACCCGGAAGAAGAAUUAGAGAAGUUGUUAGACGGUUAUGAUGCUUUUGAAAAGCAUAUUGGAUAUAAGUUCAGAGAUCGCGCUUACUUGUUGCAAGCCUUCACGCAUGCUUCUUAUUCCCCUAAUCGGCUGACUGACUGUUAUCAAAGAUUGGAAUUCCUGGGUGACGCACUACUGGAUUUCAUUAUAACAAAAGCUCUUUUUGAAGACGUCAGAAUGCACUCCCCGGGAGCUUUAACCGAUUUGAGAUCGGCUCUAGUUAACAAUACAAUUUUCGCUUCUCUAGCGGUGAAACACGGAUUUCAUAAAUACUUUAAGCAUCUUUCUCCGGGAUUAAAUGAAGUUAUAGAAAGAUUCGUCCGACUACAAGAAGAAAGUGGCCAUACUAUUGUCGAUGAACAUUAUCUUAUUGAUACGGAGUGCGAAGAAGUAGAGGAUAUUGAAGUGCCAAAGGCUCUAGGGGAUGUUUUUGAAUCUGUGGCGGGGGCCAUUUAUCUAGACUCAGGAAUGUCACUGGACGCCGUAUGGAGGGUGUAUUACAGAAUGAUGAAAGCAGAGAUAGAACAAUUUUCUAAUAAAGUACCUAAAUCGCCAAUUAGAGAACUCCUAGAACUAGAACCUGAAACCGCCAAAUUUGGACGCCCGGAAAAAUUAGCAGAUGGAAGACGUGUGAGGGUGACUGUUCAAGUUUUUGGGAAGGGUACAUUUAAAGGUAUCGGUCGGAACUACAGAAUUGCCAAAUGUACUGCUGCCAAAUGUGCUUUGAAACAUCUGAAACGAAGAGGAUUGCUCAGGAGCAAAAAUUGUAAUUAAUGAUAAAAACGUACGUGCCAUAGUGUAAGUGCUAAAAUUGCCUGCAAAUAAGCGCACAUCUUCUUACUCUUGACUUAGUUUCUAUAAAAAGAAAACGCAAACAGAAAAAUGUCUCACUUACGUAAUUUACGUACUAACUGAUCUCAAAUCAUUACCCACCUCUGGUAGGCCAAAUUUUUAGAAAGAAUACAAUAUAGUUUCUCUGUAUUAAGCUGGCCAUCAGAGAUGAUUAUUUUUCUAGUCAACGUUGUCCUUGAACCCUUUAUGUAUCUCCCACUUUAUCCUAAUAAUAUAUGCUAGGCUAGUUGGAUAAUAAAUAAACAAUAUUAUCGGUAAGGAUUGUUUGUAAAUUAAAUGUGCAGGUAGUUUUUAUACCGGUAGGGGAUUUUUAAGUCUACCAAAAACUCAGUAUUAGCCGGAGUAUAUGUGUAAAAUCUACAUCACACUAUUUUGAGUUAUACUUUUAAAAAUAAUUUCAGAACUUUGUGCAAUUCACAUACCCAAGAAAUAUUUUAAUUAAACUAUUAUAUUAUACUCCAAAUAUAUGUAUUUCCGCCAGCAAAACUUCUUAUUAAAAAAUGCAGAAGUUAUAUUUUUCAAAGAGGAAACCUUCCCCAAGGUAAAAUAUUUAUAGCAAGGCUGUGAAUUGGGAAAGGUAGCGACUUUGCUUCUAAAGAGACAAAAAAGAAGCUGUUUCUAUGACUAUCGAACACAGGGUGCACCUCACCAAAGAUGCGAGAAUUUUUGUUUGUAUAAAAUACCACAGGGUUCCAGCGAGACGAGAUGCCCCCUUUUAUGAUACACAAAGUGUAUGUAUAUAUUCACUUAGUGCGUAAUUUAUGACGAUAAUAACGUUUUUUAUUCAAAUAUGGCCAUCUUCUUGUGUAUGUAUAGUUAGGUAAAAAAAUUUACAUAAUGUUACUCUAUACAAUAUGCAACUGGGGUUGUUGGGUAAGUAUUCGUUACAUUCCGUUUGCCUAUUGCUAAUUUACAACGGCGUCAAUUAGUUUAUUUGUCGAUAUUCAUUUUGUCCUGAUCCGUCUGGAUGAUUUUCUCUAAUUUUUUUUUUCAAAAGUAGUACAAAGUUUAGUUUUAUAUUUGUCGCCAGAAUGACUUUUGGUUUCAUUUAAUAAUGUGAUAAGUGGCAGCUUGUGAUAUCACUGCACACUUUUUUUAGUAAGUUAAUUGUAUGUACAUGUUCGGUUUAGUUUUCUGUAGAAUUGUUUUUUGUUCGUUUUUUCUAGCAUAAACUUUUUUAAUAAAGUUUUGUA